GAAGUUUCUUUGGCAACAGGAGUUGGUAAAGCAACCAUUGAUCAUAUAGUUGCUGAAUUUAAUGAAACUGAAAAGGUUGCACCAUCAAAACAAGGUCACCAGGCUCCCAAAGAUUUUCAAGCAGAAUAUGUAGAUAAAAUCUAUGAUCUAAUUAAUUCUGCAA